AUGAACGAUGAUGAAGUUGAUUCCGUCGAAGCCACACAGUCGGAGGAUCAGUCAACUGCCGUGGGCACCAGCGCCAAUGAGAUUCCGUCAACAUCCCAAGAUCAGCACACUAGUACCGGUACAACAAGUAGUCCCCGCGCAUCAAAACCAAAAACUGAGGAUACUGACCCGGAGUUAGCUGACAGGAAGAUGACUCCAGAAGAAAAGACUCGCGCAGAAGAAAUACUACGAUUAACGGGAAAUAGUACUGCAAUUGACUUUGGCGACAGAAAACCUGUGGCCAAGGUCACACCAAGAACCCAAGCAAACAUUGACGAAAAGAAAGCAAAUUUCAGCCCAAGUGAGAACAAUGAUGAUUCUACAUAUCCUCCCCUUGCUACCUUGGCAGCACAGUUUGAUGAAUCCCAAAGGAGCGGUCAACUUUCGUUUUUCCCUAAAGAAUCAAAGAAACAAGAAUCCCAGGCUGAGUCUCUCGCAGUGGCACAAGCAGCAACCAUCAACAUCCUCGCUGUGGAUCAAGAACCACCCAAGGAUGCAACUGCUCCAAUUGAUGAAAUUACACAGCACCAGCUGCAAUCUCAACCUGGUGCGUACCUGCAGUCUCCUGGAUCAUCAUUGCAGCGCACACAAAAUCUCAACUAUGACCUACUUAGUGCUCCGGUGGAUGCCACACCACCCGCACUACUAGUGCAGCAUGACCUCAGAUCUACUGGUGCUAAUGGGCACAUUCAAAAUUCAAUUCUGCUUGCUGCAAAUGCAAAUAAUCCAUUGGUGCAAGCAAAUCCAGUUCUAGGGGACCCACAAGAUGCAACAGAUUGA